AUGCUGCCCUCGCAGGAGGCCUCCAAGCUCUAUCACGAGCACUACAUGCGGAAUUCGCGGGCCAUCGGCGUGCUAUGGGCCAUCUUCACCAUCUGCUUCGCCAUCAUCAACGUGGUGGUCUUCAUCCAGCCCUACUGGGUGGGCGACAGCGUGAGCACCCCCAAGCCCGGCUACUUCGGCCUCUUCCACUACUGUGUGGGCAGCGGGCUGACGGGCCGCGAGCUCACCUGCCGCGGCUCGUUCACUGACUUCAGCACCAUCCCGUCCGGCGCCUUCAAGGCGGCCGCCUUCUUCGUGCUGCUCUCCAUGGUGCUGAUCCUCGGCUGCAUUACCUGCUUUUCGCUGUUCUUCUUCUGCAACACCGCCACGGUCUACAAGAUCUGUGCCUGGAUGCAGCUCUUGGCAGCUCUGUGCCUCGUGCUGGGCUGCAUGAUCUUCCCCGACGGCUGGGACGCCGAGACGAUCCGGGACAUGUGCGGGGCCAAGACCGGCAAGUACUCCCUGGGGGACUGUUCGGUGCGCUGGGCGUACAUCCUGGCCAUCAUCGGCAUCCUCAACGCCCUCAUCCUCUCCUUCCUCGCCUUCGUGCUGGGCAACCGGCAAACAGACUUGCUUCUGGAGGAGCUCAAGCCCGACAACAAAGAUUUUGUGAGCUCUACAGUAAGCUCCGUGUUGCGACCAGGGGGUGAUGUCUCCAGCUGGGGAGUCCUCCCCUGCCCCGUUGCUCACUCACAGGGACCCUGAAGGCCAGGAUCACAGCCCAGGAAUUGACCUGUCCUCAGUGUGUCCCAUCUCUUGCCCUCUCAUCCUCCAUUCAAGCUCUGAGGGAAGACCCCAAUCUCAGACUGACUUCUCAUCUGUUACCCGCCUGCCAGCUCCAGACUUUGAAGAGAAGUGGAGGCUGGGUGCAGCCUGGGGGGGCCUGAUUCUGCCCCUCCCUCAACUGACCUAAGGGAGCCGGACAUCCCUUGAGGUCUCCUCUCCUCUCCCACCUGGCUGGGUGCCCGGCAGUCUCCCGGGGAAGGAGGCACUAGGAUUCCAGUGCCCCAAGCUCCCUCGGUCUGGGAGCUACUGCCUGAUCGCAUCUUUGCCUCCUCUGGUCCCUGCCUCCUGCAGAAACUUAUUCAAGACACUGCCCCCGGGCAACCGAGGUCUUUCCCUUUUUUUGGCCGAUGAUGGUUCCAUCACAUCUUUGCAGAGCUCCAGGCGCCACCAGCCUGCUCCCAGCUCUCCUGAAGGAGUCCGAGCUGCACCGAGGGAGAACACAAGGGCCUUCCUGUCUACUGGCGCUCUGUCCAGCCCCGAGUCUGAGAAAGGACACACAGCCCCAGAGGGAACUGGAGACACUGGGACUCCAGGCAGCAAGGGCCAGGGGUGGCUCUGCCUGGGGCUGGCCUGGCCUCUCUGCUGGGACAUCGUGCUGCUGACUGGACCCCGACCCCAGCUUGUUUUGUACAGCACAGACCCUUUGGCCCUGUUGUUAGGGCUGGAGGUUGGGGAGGGGCCUAACUGUGGGGCAUCAGGGGAGGUACCGCCCCUCUGCCCCUUGUGCUGCCUGACCCUGGCAUUUGCUAAGGGCAGACACUGUCUUGCCUCUUUGAUACUUUUCUGCAUAACUUGAACUUGCAGGUCACCUCUGAACAGGGUACCCCCUGUCCCCAUCCCUGGGCCUUGUAACCCUGUCCCCACCUCGUCUCCUCUUUGCCCACCUCUCGCCUUGCGAUAUGCCCAGGGUCUGCCACCCAAUGGGCAGUGCUUGGAGCCGAGGCGUGUGUGUGUGUGUGUGUGUGUGUGUGUGUGUGUGUGUGUGUGUAAGUAUGUGGGGGGGCAGACGAGGAGUCCUCUCUCCCCCUUUCCUCCCACCAUGGGGGGGCAUCUCCCUCCUGCGUGGCGAGAAGCAACUGAGGGAGAUUUCAGGUGUUUCUGGACUUCCCUCACUGCCGCACGGACCUGGCGGAAGAGUCACCUGGCUGGGGGCGAGGCAGCCCCUUUCAGGCCCGAGUCCAUGCGGCAUGUGAGCUCCUUCCAGUGUGCCUGCUUCUGGCUGCAGGGCCCACUGGAGAGGAGCCUGCGACCCACCAUUCUGUUAUGUUGGCUCAGCCAAAGGAGGGGAGAAAAGCAGUUAGUGCCAUGUAUUUGCCAACCUGUGUUCAUUUCCACUGGAGUUGGACCUGAGAGGGAGGGUUUCCAAGACAGGCUCUAGGAAUCCUCUGUCUGAAUCCCCAUCUGGACCCAACCGGGAUCGGAUGCUGGGUCUUGGUAGGAUUCCUGAAACCUGGAGCUCCCCAAGUCCUGACCCUCCCCCUGGGCAAACACCUUCCCCGAGUGCUCUGCCCAGCACUGUGCCCCCUCUCUCCUGCUCCUACCAAGCCCUGCACUGCAGCCCCCACUGGCAACGUCCUCAGCAGGCUGCCUGCAGGUGGGGCUGGGCACCAGGGUCCCAGGUGGAAGGGAAGGGGGAGGGAAGCCUUGUGGGAGGGAGGGAGUGGGGGGCAGAUCCAAACCAAAGCCCAGUGUUGGAAGGCUGCAGAGAGAGGGCCCCGAGCAAGUGGUUAGGAAUGGGGAGAAGACAGGAGUAGGAGAAAGAAUAAGACAGGAGGGAGAAGGAGAGGCAGAGACAGAGCAAGGGGCAGAGGGGUGCAGAGAGGUCCAGAGAUGGAGAGAGAGGAAGAGUGAACAGAAGGGGGACCCAGAGGGACAGAGAACCUGGGAGAGGGAGGGUAGGGGACUGGAAAGAGGAUUAGAGAUAGGGAAGGAGGCGUUGGCAAGACAGUGGUGGGAGACCAGACUGGGAUGCAGGGAGCAAUGGAAGGGAAAGGGGAGGAGGAGGAUGAGGGCCACAGGAUGCUGAGGAAGAGGGAGCAGCUGCUUCUGUGUGUGCACUGUGCCCGGGGACCACCAACCCGUGUGCCUUGUGGAGAGGUUAGAACCUACCCGCUCAGAGACCAAGGGCGGGCCCAGGCGGCCAGCCCUCACAUCAGGGGGACAGUCCAGCUGAUUUCUGAGCAGGUUAGCGCCACUGGAGCGGGUGAGUGGUAGAGAAGAGGGAGGUUUGUUCCCUUUGGGACCGUCUGACAGUGUUUCCAUGUCACCAUCCGCUCAGCCAGCUGCUGCCCUGGCCGAGGAAUUUGGGGUUAGGAAAGCAGUGUUGGGUGGGUUGAAGGAACACCAAAGUAACACGGGGAAGGGAAUGAGGUCAGAGUGGGGACCAAACCACAGCUCUGUCCCCGAAGCUUCAGCAGAGGUGGGAGCAGAACGGGUAACAGGUGCUUUAGCCAGGGCCCCAGGGAAGCCCAAGAGUGGCCCAGAGGAAGGAAGCCAUCGUGGCCAGGGGACGCUUGUGGAAUGGCCUCCCUGGGGUUUAGCCUUUGGGAGGAGGUGGAAGCAGAGCUGUCUCUCACACGCUUGGUCCCUGAAAGCUGAGCUUUGAGCAGGUCUCUGAGGUGACUGGGUCAGAGGGUCUGGCACUCCCCAGCUCUCUCUACCCUGAGCUGGGGACUCUUUCAGGACAGGCCAACGUGGCCACGACCUCGACAUGGUUCAGAGCGCUGGUUGAUCAAAUCCUUCUGGGUCCCUGAGAUGUGAAAACUCCUCUUUGGGGACCAGUACCCAUGGAGGAAAACAUUGGUUUCCCGAGGGCAUGAGGAGCAUGGGUAGAAUCGAGAUCCUUGUCACACCUGGAGCAGCCAAGACAUUGGGAACUUAUAGACAAGGCUGUGGGGAAACUCCUUGGACUCCGUUUGAGAUUCCUGCCUAGACCCAGGGGAGUGCCCCUUCUCCAGCUUCCAGUGUGGACUGAGAAAGGGAGACCCUCUCUUGGGAGAAGCUGGGAUGUUCCCAGAACAAGAAACUUCCACAGGCCCCUGCCAGGCUCAGGGCUAGCCUUUGGGUGGGAUUGCAGUUUCCUGAGAAAGGAGCAAGGGAGCCACAGUCCUUCCCGGAGCUCUGACCAGCAGACCUCAGAGGGCCUGUGUUGUGUGAUGUUAGCUUGGUGUUGUCUACACCCCAUUAGUAAGUUUUGUCUGACUGUGUCCUCACUGUUCAUUGUCCCACUUGGUAACACUUAUUUCGGUCCAGACCCCUUCUGCUGCUGCUGGAUUUGAGCUUCAGUACAGGUGGAAUGAUGUUCAAAUAAAGAAACACUUUACAUCACC